AAGUGAGUAAGCACCUCAGAGUGGUGGUAAGAAAUUUAACUUCCUUCAGUUCCUUCAGUUAGGUUCGUCGUUUCUUGACCGUAAAGUGUAAGAGGAUUAGUGAGUGGACGUUUCGCAUGAGGUUUGUGUUAUGCAAUAAGUGGAAGUGUAGCAGUCCCAACCAUGUGAACGAGAAUAAAUGUGUGUGUCAGUUUGCGAGGAAACACUUAAAAAAAUAGAAAUGGUGUAACCCAAAAAUCUUACUUCUACAAGGAGAAUAAGAAAUUUAGAAAAUCUCCCAUCAUGGAACGAAUAUUUAAAAUCAAAACUAAAUCCAAUAUAGACCCUAGAGACCAAUAUCCAUCAGAAAGAAGGUAUUCCGCCUCCAUAGUGAUAGGACUCAGUGUAGUGUUUCUCCAGUUAUUUUUAUAUUCUGUACUUAUGGGAACUCUUAUUGUGCAUAAACUGACCAUGCAAGAGAAAGAAUCAGAAAUGAUUGGGGAAACAACUGGAAACACCGAUACUCCCAUGACCAACAAUGGUCAGGAAUCAAACUUGGACAACAGUACUGAGGAAAUGGUACUAACUACCGAAAACCCCGUUCAACGACUUUUCGAAAAAGUGGAAAAAGAUAUAAAUGUACAUAAUGGUCAUUAUUACAUAAAUAUUCCGGCACUGGUUUGCUCCGGGUGUUUCGUCAUGGCGCUUGGCUUUAUUUGCAGCUUUGUAACGGGUAUUUUAGCUUGGAAGCGAUGGUACAUCGACCAUAACAUAACCUUCUUCUUCCUAGCUUCAAGUUUUUCCACUUUAACUUCCGCGAUAUGUCUGCUACUGUCAGGGUUGAUAACUGUGAAUAUGAAUUUCAACUUCAACGAAUACGAAAGCAAUCCGACUUCACCAGUUACUUUUAGUUUAGCCAUGAAUAUCAUUAUUCUUUCUUCUAUAGGACUAAUAUGGUCAUUUCUGUCGACAAAAGUGUCCUAUAGGGGGAUGAAAAAUGGUUAUCCCGAUGAUGUGGCUGUGUCUAAAGGCGGACGAACGGUUCAAGUUAGCACUGUGACGAAGGGCAGUAAAAACUGUACUACGUUUCCUCCUGAUAUCAUAAAUCAUUUUCCUGCAGGAGAGAAAUUGGCAAAGUACGUUCCUAAGAAGGAUAACAGCAAUUUACCAAAGGCUGAAAGUAAUUUUGAAUAUCAGCAGAGAGUUGAUAAAUUUUUGUCAGGUACUCCAGAAAGUCCUGAACAGGUUAAAGUUUAGUUGUAGUGUUUAGUAAUUUGAGAAAAUGGUUCACAUUUAUUUGUAACUAUUUAUAGCUAUAUGAAGGUAUUACUCUACUGAGACAAAGAAGAAAAAUGUGUCCAGAAUAUGACACUUUAAUGUGCCAUAUUCAGAAAAACAAUUGUUUUUUGUUAAAUUUGUUUCCAAAUUUAGAAGUGCUUAGAUACUUAAUAAUUAGUUAAACUAAACUGAGGAUUUGAUUGUUUAACCUCUGUUGUAAAAAAUGCAAAUUGUCACUAUCCAUGAAAAUUGUUCAUUAAAAUUCUUCUGGUGUACAACAAACAACAAUGCUGCGAAUUAUAUAUUUUUUUUCUGUUUCUAUUACAAUUUUGAGACCUUCCCAUAAAUAUAUUCGCUCAGCUCUUGAUGCUGAAGAACUGUCAUAUUUCGAAGGGACUAAGAUAUGAACAGGUCUAGUUUAAUAUUUACUAAUUCGGUAUAUUAAUAUAAUAGUAUAAUUGAUGUAAAAGAACAAGGAUUAUCCAUAAAUGUAACCAAAAUUAGAAAUUAGAAUAUAAUAGUGGAUAUAACGACUGAAUAUUUUAGCAAUAUAUUUAAUCGAAUGAUUGAAUAAAAUGUUCAAGUUCAACCUUGGACAAAUUUAUAUAUCUAUGUAUAUUUUAAUUAUAAAUAGAUACAUUGGACUCUAAGUAGCAUAUAUGUAGAUUGACAUUGUUUUGUUUUUUUUUUGUAAAAAAAUUGUAUUAAAAUAUUUUUCGCAUGUUGUAUUUUUUUUUAUAUUAGCUACUGUAGUGUAUAUCAUUUAUGUAUAAUAACUGAA